AUGCAAUGUUUCAUCAAGGAUGCCGAAGAAAAACAAGUUGAAGAUGCUAUGAUUCGCAAGUGGGUGUCUGAUAUCAGAGACAUUGCUUAUGAUACCGAGGAUGUCUUGGAUAAUUUUAUGCUCAAAAUCGAUCACGGAAAGACUCGGAAUCGAGAUCGACCAGCUCUCUUUGCUUCGAUUAGGAAGUAUUCAUGCCUAUCUGAUAUAAGCAAGAAGAGAGAUCUGUAUGGCAUAGGCAAGGAGAUUGAAUCACUCCAGAAAAGGAUCAUCGAUCUAUCUCGUAAACGGGAAUUGUAUCGCCUUGAGGAUAUUGGUAAUAGGAGGGAAGGAAAGAGCAAUAAUCUUGAGAGGUUGAAAGAUUUAAGAAGAGUCACUUCCUUUGUUGUUGAGGGGAACAUUGUUGGCUUUGAGGAUGAUGCUAAAAUGUUGUUGGGUAAACUUCUUGAGGAUGAGCCACGCCGUUUUGUAGUUUCCAUCUUUGGCAUGGGAGGUUUGGGCAAAACCACUCUCGCUAAAAAACUUUACCACAACAUUGAUGUCUUGAAUAAAUUCAAACUACGAGCUUGGGUGUCUGUCUCUCAAGAUUACAAAACUGAAGAUCUUCUUCGACGAAUUAUAAAGUCUUUUGAGAUCAAAAUUAACGGAGUGGAGUUAGAGAAGAUGAGCGAAGAGGAUUUGGAGAGGUGUCUGUAUAAAUCUUUACAAGGACGCUCAUAUUUGGCGGUGAUUGAUGAUGUAUGGCAGAAAGAAGAAUGGAAGAGUUUGAAAAGAGCCUUUCUGGAUGGCAACAAUGGAAGCAGAGUUAUAAUCACUACUCGCAUCAAAGAAGUAGCUGAGCGUUCGGAUGAGAGAAUUCAUGUUCAUAAACUUCGUUUUCUUAGGCCUGAUGCGUCUUGGAACUUAUUCUGUGAGAAAACUUUUCGAAAAUCAAAUGCAAACGAAGAAUUGGAGCUGGGAAGAGAAAUGGUUGAAAAAUGCGGCGGUCUGCCACUUGCCAUUACUGUAUUAGGCGGGCUGUUGACUACAAAGAAACCACAAGAGUGGAGCUCGGAUCUUGCAAUUCAAAAGGCAAAAGAACUGAAUUUCAUUCACAUUUACGACGGAAUUCACCAUCCAGCUUGCUCACCAACUCCAACAUCAUCACCUCGCCGACUUGUUUUUUAUUCUGGAACAAGUUCUUCGUUCCAACAUUGUAAUUCUCUCUCACGUUCCCUCUUGUUAUUCGAUCCAGAUUCGCGCUCGCUUAGGCAAAUAUCAACCGCUAUAUGCACAAGACUCAGGUUGGUCAGAGUUCUUCAUGUCCAGAAUUAUGGAGAAUCAAUUGAUUGUAGUAGCUUACCCGAAGAGAUUGGGCAAUUGGUCCACUUAAAGUAUUUAACGGUAAGGAUUACAUGCAUCGGAAAUCUUCCACCAUCGAUUGUCAAUUUACGAAAACUGCAAACUCUGGACUUAUACUCUCGCAAUUGCGACCUCAAGCUUCCCAUUGGAAUUGGCAAAUUGCAGGAGUUGAGGCAUUUAAUCGGAGCAUUUGAAGGGCCUUUGCCGAUAGACAAUUUGACAAACCUUCAGACUCUGAAGUUCGUAAGGUAUGAAAGUUGGAAUAAAGUACAUCCUGAUAAGCUGGUUAAUCUUCGCGAGCUGCACAUCCGUCAAUUCCACACACAAGAACCAGAACCAUUCAUAUUCGACUCUAUUGCCAAGCUGAAAAACAUUAGAAUUUUAUCGGUUGAACUGUUCGGCGUUCAUUCUUUCACUUCACUGCAACCACUUUCUUAG